AUGUGCCCGUGCAUCGAGGGGAGGCCGCAGCCACACCGCCUCACUGACGAGGGACGAGCCUCCCCGGGCCUGCUGCAGGCCAACCCCGUCUCGCCUGGGGCACCUCCCGCGCCCGUCCCUGCCGAGCCCCCGGCGGCACCAGGGAAACGCCCGCGGCUCUGCUCUUUCCCGAGGCAACCCGCGAAGACGCUGUGGUACGACCGCCCGCGGUACGUCUACCUGGAGUUCUGCGUCGAGGACAGCAGGGACGUUAAGGUCGUCAUUGAGGACCAGCGGCUGGCGUUCAGUUGCAAAAACGCAGACGGCGUGGAGUUCUACAACGAGAUCAACCUGUACGCCAGGGUCAACUCCAAGGACUCACGGGAGAAGCGCUCCGACCGCUCCAUCACCUGCUUUAUGAGGAAGUGGAAGGAGAAAGUGGCCUGGCCCCGCAUCACCAAGGAGAACAUCAAGCCGGCCUGGCUCUCCGUGGACUUUGACAACUGGCGAGACUGGGAAGGGGACGAGGAGGUGGAGAGGGCCAUGGUGGAGCAGUACGCGGAGCCGGACGACCGCGGCCUCAUCGGCGAUGUCCCGGUGCUGCGCGUCACCCGGCGGGGCCCCGAGGCCGUCCACUUCGUGCAGGCGUCGCUGGAGCCGGGCACCGAGGUGCUGCUGUCGCUGGACUGGGAGCGCCGCUUCGACCACAUGCAGCAGCACUCAGGACAGCAUCUCAUCACUGCCAUCGCAGAGCAGAUGUUUGGAUUCAAGACAACUUCAUGGGAGCUGGGCCGUCAGCGAAGCGUCAUUGAGCUGGACACCCCCUCCCUGACAGCAGAGCAAACAGAGGCCCUGGAGAGGAGUGUGAAUGAGAAAAUCCGGGAGAGGGUGCCCGUGGUGGUGAGGGAACUGGCCGCAGAUGACCCCGAAAUCGAAACUGUGAGGAGCCGUGGAUUGCCAGAUGACCACGCGGGGCCAGUGCGAGUCGUUGACAUCGAAGGCAUAGACUCCAACAUGUGCUGUGGGACUCACGUCUCCAACCUGAGUGACCUGCAGGUUAUUAAACUCCUUGGCACAGAAAAAGGGAAAAAGAACAAAACCAACUUGGUUUUCCUGGCAGGAAACAGAGUGCUGAAGUCAAUCGAACAAAGUCACAGUACUGAGAAGGCUCUAACCUCACUGCUCAAAAAUGGGCCAGGUGAGCACGUAGAGGCUGUGAAGAGACUGCAGAGUUCUGUGAAACUGCUUCAGAAGAAUAACUUGAACCUGCUUAGAGACAUGGCUGUUUUGAUAGCCCGGGACUUCAAGAGCAAACCUGUUCCAAGUCAGCUGUUUGUGUUACACAGGAAAGAAGGUGACUCUGAAUUUAUGAAUAUCAUCGCUAAUGAGAUUGGGACAGAGGAAACCCUGCUGUUCCUGACUGUGGGAGAUGAAAAAGAAGCAGGACUCUUUCUUCUAGCUGGACCUGGGGAAGCAGUUGAGAAUUUAGGUCCCAGGGUGGCAGAGCUGCUGGGAGGCAAAGGAGCUGGGAAGCGCGGCCGCUUUCAGGGCAAGGCAACCAAGAUGAGUCGGCGAGGAGAAGUGCAAGCUCUGCUCCAGGAAUUCAUCAGCCAUCGAAGCCCUGAAGCAUAAAAACCAAUUCUCCAAGUAGGGCUGUCUUCCCUGCUUUGCGUAAGCUCCACCAAUUUCUCUCCCAGAGAAUAAAGACGUAAAA